AUCUAUCAAUAUAAAUACACUUGGAGGGAUCGGGUAUAUAAAGCAGUGAGUUUCGGCAUGUUUUUGAAAUCAUUGUUUGUAUUUUAACAUUGAAUUAUCAUUCAAAAGAAGACAAGAAAAUGGAUGCUAAACACAUACUGAUAUUGACGGUUUCUGUCAUCCUGUGGACAAAAUCAUGCGCAUAUCCAUCAUGGGAAUGUUCGAACAAGCCAGCCGACAUUGUUUUUAUUUUGGAUUCGUCCUACAGCAUUUGGUUAAGUGACUUCAAGAAACAGACGUCAUUUGUUCGCGACGUCGUAAAGCAGUUUGAUAUCGGACCAGGGCCAUCCCAAACGAGAGUCGGUGUCCUCACAUUCGGCCAUGAUGUAUGGAAACAGUUUGACCUUAACGAGAAGAUGGAAACAACGGCAUUACAAGAGGCGGUCGAGGGAAUCCAGCAUGGGCACGGCAAAUGGACUAACACAGGCGCAGCAAUCAACUACGCUUUGGACAGUAUGAUUACGCCAGCUGCAGGCAGCAGACCGGGGGUCUCAAAAGUGAUAAUUGUUAUCACCGACGGACGGUCGCAGAAGUGGCAAAAAACACAAGCUGCCGCUAAGAGAGGACAUGACCAAAAUAUGACCAUUUUUGCGAUAGGAGUGGGCCGCAAUCUAGAUCUCAAUGAACUCAGCAACAUUGCCAGCAAUCCGGACGAUGAAUUCCUAUUUAUGGUCGACGAUUUCUCAGCCCUUCAAACAAUAACCAAUCGACUGGCAAGGACGGCUUGUAAAAUAUCGACUCCAGCGCCGUUCAUCACAACGACAAAUGCACCAUCCGAUCAAUCAGAUUGUGGCGGAAAGCCGGCUGACGUUUUUUUCUUGAUAGACUCUUCAGGAAGUAUUACCAGGAAAGAUUUCAACAAAGAAAUCUCGUUUGUUCAGAGCGUUGUGAAGCUGUUUGAUGUCGCAAUGGACAAAACUCGUAUUGGUUUAAUAAGUUUCAGUCACGAUGCAAACAUAGUUCUUCCCCUUGACAGUCUUAUGUCAAAAGAAGAGGUUUUGAACAAGUUGUCCAACAUUCCUCAUGUCGGAGGCGGGACCAAUACAGCGGAAGCGUUAAAACUUGCAAGACAACAAGGCUUCUCCGCGGACGUUGUUCGUCCGAAUGUGCCGAAACUUAUCAUUGUGUUAACGGACGGCCUAUCAAGAGACGAAAUACAAACGGCAAGAGAGGCCAGGUUGGCACAGGCAAUGGGCAUCAAGGCGUUCGCCAUUGGGAUUGGACGAGCCGUAGACAUGGUCGAGAUUCGAAAUAUUGCAAGUAACCCGGAUCAACAAUACGUUUUCCAGGUGGAAGAUUUCAGUUCUCUUGAAACUAUAAAGGACGUACUGGCCGACAAGGCUUGUGGCGUAAAGCCCGACGAGGCUAGGAAACCAGAUCCUCGUGCAGUUUGUUUGGUAAAGAAAAACACGGAUAUGAUGUUUAUCUAUGACUCAACAUCUAUGGGCGUCCGAACCUCCAAUGCGAUAUCACAGUUUCUCUCCAAAGUUGUGUCAGGGCUGGACCUGCGAUCAGGCAACCUUCGCAUUGGCCGAGUAACUGACGACUGUCCCACGGCCGGAAACAUACCGCUGAGUAGCAAACUCACACCUGUAGACUUUUCCGAGUUCCAAUUGUCGUCAUAUUCCCACAUGCUCCAAAAGCUUCGACGAUCUGGCUUUACCAUAGAAUAUGGGGGUCGACAGGGAGCGACCAAACUUGCAGUGCUGUUUAUCGAUGGGAAUAUGAACGGCUUAGAUUACAAUAUCAUCAACGAAGCGAAACUGCUGAAGGCUAAAAAUAAUAAUGUGUUCGUCGUAACAAUAGGAAAUGGGGACAUUAUCUCGAAAAUAGGGUCAGAGUUUGGACAAGGGUACCACAUGCACGUUAAUGAUUAUCGGUCGCUUGAAAAUGCAGGCUCAGAAUUCUUAUCACAAAUUUGUGAUUUCUUUACAUUUGAUUCACUGGACUACAACAUAGACUAUGUAAUUCCUGUUUAAAUGAUAUCUAAACAUCAAGUGACGCUUAUUUUUCAAUUGUGUAUGUACAUGUAAUUCCUCAUUUUUACAAAAAAAAUACUAAUUCUAAGGAAACGACAGCGAACUCGGAAACACAUUGGUUUAAUUUGAAAUACAUGAAUAAUAUCUGACUUCGAGUUGAUGGUUCAAACUCAGACAAGAAGAUGGACUCAGUCACGUACACCACCAACCCAAAUAGAGCGCACAAAGUUCAUGACUCUGAUUGGCCUAUUUGAACAACAAAUAAGCUAUACAUAAUAAGCCUUUUUUAAGAAUCUCUCUUCCAGAAUGUACCUGGUAAUAUGUCUCGUGCAAUACAUUUGUAAGUUGUAAUGGUUAUGAUUGUGUUGUUGUUAAUGAUAUUUAAGACAAUCCUAAAAAUUGCUAAAGAAGUGUUUACGUGCAAUAUUGUUUACUUACAAAUAUACAUGUUUUCUUACUGUAGAUUUGAUGUUUAUACAUUUAAUCAUGUUUUGUUAAAUAUUAUGAAAAUGCGUUGUUCAUUUACCAAACAACAAGGUUUGUACUUUUAUACAAAAUAUAAUAAAAACAAUA